ACCAACAAUACUUACAGACUUAGGAAUCUCUCUCCAUUUUCUCUCUCUAUCUCCCUCUUGUUUGAUUCAAUUGCCAUUUUUUUUUUCUUUUUCUUUUUGUGUAAGACCUGAAAGCAGAGACUCCAUAAAGCGAAGCACAGCCAAAAGGAAAUCUAAUCGGAUCGAUAUCAUCGUUGUUGCGGCUACUUUGAUCAGAUUGCUGGAAAGGUUCAUUAGUCAGAAGGCAACAUUCAUUUUGUAAUGGAAGCAGAGAUUCAAUUAGAUCCUGAUAUACCAAUUUCAAAGGUUGCAGAGGACAAAGACAGCAAAGCUGACCCGAUUAAGGUGACAGAGAAGGUAGGAAAGAAAGAAGAAGAAGAAGAAACUGGUUUUGACGGUGAAUUCAUAAAAGUAGAGAAAGAAACUCUUGAAUCAAAGGAUGUCGCACAUACUGCUACCGAAAAUACAGCUUCUCAAAAUGUCGUGAGCCUUUCAUCUGCAAGCAGGGAGUUUCUGGAAUCCCAAGAAAAGGUUAGAGAGCUUGAGGUGGAAAUGGAAAGAGUCAUGGGAUCAUUAAAGGAUUCUGAAUCUCGAAAUGAUCAGUUGAAUGAUGAACUCUCACUCACAAAAGAGAAGCUAGGGGAGAUUGGAAAAAAGUAUGAAGAUCUUGAAAUUAGUCAUAAGAAGUUGCAACAACAGAUUGCAGAGGAAGAAGGGAGAUAUAGUGCCCAGCUCAGUGCCUUGCAGGAUGCUAUACAUGCUGGAGAAGUAAAGCACAAGGAACUUGAAAGUGUCAAGGAAGCAUUUGAAAGACUUAGCCUCGAGUUUGACAGCUCAAAAAAGAAGAGAGAAGAGCUUGAGCAGGAGCUGCAAACUUCAGUUGGUGAGUCCCGAAAGUUUGAGGAAUUGCACUUGCAAAGUGGUUCACUUGCAGAGUCAGAGACAAAGAGGGCCUCGGAAUUCGAGAGGUUGCUUGAGCAGUCAAAAUUAAGUGCAAAAGAAAUGGAAGACCAGAUGGCUUCUUUGCAGGCAGAGCUUAAAGUCCUUUCUGAGAAGACUGCUGAAGGGGAGAGGGCUGAGGAGGCACUCAAGUUGAAGCUGGAGGAGGAAGUUAACACAAAGGAGCAAGUAGAAGCUAAAUUAAGAAGUCAAGAAGAACAAUUUGCAAAGAUGGUUGAUGAACUUGGCAAAUUAUCUAAAGAAAAAGAAGCACUUGAAGAUGCUAUCUCUGAUCUGACCAAAAAUGCAGCAGAGAUGAAACAAUUGUGCAGUGACCUUGAAGCUAAACUUCGGAAUUCAGAUGAGAACUUUUGCAAAGCUGAUACUCUUCUUUCUCAAGCUUUGGCAAAUAGCGCAGAGCUUGAGCAGAAGCUAAAAACACUGGAAGAGCUUCAGUAUGAGUCUGGACAUGCCGCAACUACUGCAAACCAGAAAAGCGUUGAGCUUGAGGACUUGCUGCAAGCUUCCUAUGCUGCAGCAGAACAUGCCAAAACACAAUUGGUAGAGUCUGAAUCACGCUUUAUUGCAGCAGAACAAAGAAACUUGGAGUUAGAGCAGAAGUUAAAUCUGGUUGAACUUAAAAGCAGUGAUGCUGAGAGAGAAGUGAGGGAAAUGUCAGAGAAAAUCUCUGAACUGCAUGUCACACUAGAAAAGGUGAUGGAAGAAAAGAACCAUUUGAAUGCUGAAGUUCAAGAAUUCCAGGACAAGAUUUCUAAAGCUGAAUCCGACUCAAAACAAGUUGCGGCAUGCAAUUCAGAGCUUGAACAGAAGUUGAAGGGUGCUUUGGAGAAAUGUGCUGAGUACGAAGAUAGGGUCAAUAUAACAGACCAGCGCAGCCGUGAACUAGAGGAUCUGAUGCAGAUUUCUCAUUCCAAAGCAGAGGAAGCCAGUAAGAAGGUGAGUGAGUUGGAGCUAUUGCUUGAAACAGAGAAGUAUAGGAUCCAGGAGCUUGAAGAACAAAUAAGUGCAUUAGAAAAGAAAUGUGAAGAUGCAGAAGCGGAAUCUAACCAGUACUGUAACAAAGUAUCUGAACUAGAAGAAGAACUUAAGGCAUUCCAAAGCAAAACAUUGAGCUUUGAAACUGCAUUGCAAUCAGCCACAGAGAAGGAAAAGGAAUUGAGUGAAUACUUGAAUGUGACAACAGAAGAUAAGAGAACCUUGGAAGAUGCAUAUAGAAACUCAACGGAAAGGCUUGCGGAAUCAGAGAAUUUGCUUGAAGUCUUGCGCAAUGAAUUAAAGAUUACUCAACAGCGGCUAGAGAGCAUUGAAUGUGAUCUAAUGGCAGCUGGGUUGAGAGAAGGUGAGGUCAUGGAAAAGCUCAAGUCUGCUGAGGAGCAGCUAGAGAAACAAGGAAAAGUACUGGAGCAAGCUACAGCAAGAAGUCUAGAACUUGAAUCGAUGCAUGAGACUGUGGCUAGAGAUUCUGAGCUGAAACUCAAAGAGGCAGCUGCUAAAUUUAGUAGCAGAGACUCAGAGGUGCAAUCACUGUAUGAGAAGAUAAAAUCUCUUGAAGAUCAGGCGAGGACUUAUGAAGAGCAGAUAACUGAAGCUACUGAAAGAUCGGAAGCUGUUAAACACGAGCUGGAACAGGUUUUACUGAAACUUUCUUUGUCUGAGAACACUGCUGAAGACUUCAAAAACAAAAUCUCAGAAACAGAGGAUAGAGCUGCAGAGGUUAUGUCAGAAAACGAGCUGUUAACUGAGACGAAUAUUCAACUGAAGAAACGAAUUAAUGAUCUUGAAGAACUGCUGAAUUCAGCAAGCACAGAUAAGGAAGCUACUAUCCAACAACUUGCUUCUCAUAUCAACACUAUCACGGAAUUAGCAGAUAAGCAUGCAAGAGCCUCUGAAAUGCAGUUGGCAGCCGAAUCCCGCAUUUCAGAAACAGAAACAAAGUUGGAAGAAGCUUUCCAAAAUGUUUCUAAAAAAGACCUUGAAGCUAAACACUUAAUGGAGAAGCUAAACUCUCUUCGGGAUCAGGUGAAAGCAUAUGAAGAACAAGCUCAUGAUACAUCUUCACUAGCUGAAAGUCUCAAAGUGCGUCUGGAGCAGACUCUUACAACUUUGAGAGAUCAAGAAGGAACCAUGGAAGAACUGAAAAGCAAAUCUGUUGAUCUUGAAGAAGAGAGAGCCCGCCUACUCGAGGUGAAUUCAGAGCUUACUGAAAAACUAGCCUCACACGAACCAAAGGUAAUUGAUUUAGAAACCAAACUGGCAGCUGCUUUCGUUGAGAGGAAUGAAGCAGUUGAUGAGCUUCAAGCUUCAAAGACAGUGGUAGCAAAUUUGACACAGGACAUCAAUUCUGAAAGGCAGAAGCUGCAACUCCAGCUAUCAUCUGCUCUGGAAGAAAACAAACAGCUCCGAGAAAUGUAUGAAUCUUCUGAGAAGAAACUUCAAGGUGUUAUAGCGCACCUUGAGGAACAGCUGAAUGAGCAUGCAUCGAGCAAAGAUUCUCUGAAAUCUCAAGUAGAAGUCCUUACUGCCGAUAUCUCUCAGAAGUCUGAGCUGCAGAAUCUUGUGAAGGAGCUUGAAGAGCAAUUAGCAAGUGCAAAAGCUCAAUUUAAACAACAGAAAGAGUUAGACACUGAAAAGGAGAUGGAGCGAGAAUCUUCUUUAAAGGAGCUGCAAGCUAAGAAGAAUGAAGUCUCACUUCUAGAAAACAAAGUUAAAGAACUUGAACAGAAAUUGCAGUUGGGUGAUGCUGCUCGCUUAAAAGAAAAGGAUGUUGGGGGGAGCAGUACUGAUCCUAAGCAAGAUGUGGAGGUGAAGUCUAGGGAUAUUGGAUCAAUGGUCUCCACUCCAUCAAAGCGUAAGAGUAAGAAAAAAUCUGAAGCAUCUGCAACUCAAGCUGCAUCAACUGAUACUCAAGUUCGAUCCACAAAUGAGGCUGCUUCGCCCUUCACAGCCCAGUUCAUUCUUGGUGUGGCUUUGGUUUCAAUAAUCAUUGGUAUAAUUCUUGGAAAAAGAUAUUAGAAGUUCUCCAUUCUACAUUGAGGUAUUCCUUCAUCUUCUUGUCUUCCCCUUUUCCUCCAUCUUCUAGUUUUGCUGGUUGUGGUUGGCUUUGAAGUAUAUAUAUAGCAGUAAGUUGAUUGAUUCUGGUUUUGGUUUUGAAUGAAUAUUUCUCUAAUUCAGAAUUUGCUUCGAGUUAAUAUUAAUUUUUAAUUUAUUGUUUUGAAAUA